ACACGGUUGGCAACACUGUGCCCAUUUUGUUGUGAACAAUUUUUGUUAAUUUUAUAAUUUAAUUUGUACAAGUCGUGCGAGUGCAGUGUGCGUGUGCCGAGACAACCCAACCCAUUCACAGAAAGUGCAGCAUGCGCCAGUCGACAUAGGCAGUAGCAUCCAAAGCAACGCAAUAGGUUGCAGCCAGAUCGGACGUAGACGUAGGCAAUAGACGAAGUACAUAGAAAUGACCAUGGGCGAGCGUGAGCCAACUUCGUCUCUCGUUCUGCCCGUUAUACUGCGGCCUAUUUUCUCACAGCUGGAGCGACGCGAUGUUGGCGCCGCUCAAUCUCUGCGCUCGGCCAUACUGAAAUCGGAGCAGAACAAUCCGGGCUUCUGCUACGACCUCGUUGCGACGAUCGUGCGACGUGCUGAUCUAAAUGUCAACCUGAAUGAGGCCGUCUUGCGAUUGCAGGGCAACAUUACAGAAGCAGACCUUAAUGAGUACCGCUUGACACGCACCGAGGAGCCCUUCCAGGAGCUGAACCGCAAGUCAGUGGCCCUCAAGGUGAUCCUCAGUCGCAUACCCGACGAGAUUAACGACAGAAAGACCUUUCUGGAGACCAUUAAGGAAAUCGCCAGCGCCAUAAAGAAAUUGCUCGAUGUGGUCAACGAGAUUGGCUCGUUCAUACCGGGCGUUACGGGCAAGCAGGCUGUGGAGCAGCGCAAGAAGGAGUUUGUCAAAUACUCCAAGAAGUUCAGCACAACGCUGAAGGAGUAUUUCAAAGAAGGACAACCGAAUGCAGUAUUCAUAAGUGCACUUUUUCUAAUACGGCAAACGAAUCAAAUAAUGCUGACAGUUAAGAGCAAAUGCGAGUAGAGAAUUAAAUGUUUUUUUUUUAAUUACGACAAACCCUAGUGGCAUUUUAAAUUUAUGUUUAAAUAACCAUUUAACACACAAACAAAUCAAAUAAAAACGCGAGAGCGAGAAGCGCAUAGGAAAUGCCAGUCAGCACACAAAUAUACAAACAAAACAAAACAUAAACACUCCUUCGACAGACCCCGAAAAACAGCCCGAGUUAAAUGUUUAAACGAUUUCGUUGUUGCAACUAUCUAGUUAAGCCUAAUGUACAUCAUAUAUAUGUGUGUAUGUGUAUAUGUAACCACUAAUCGGAGUCUAAACCUUAUGCUAAAAAAAA